AUGUCUUUGAAAAAGUUGAACAAGGUCACCUUCCUCGAGCCGGAAAGGCAAACGACGGAGGAACACCAGGGCCCGUCCAAGAGCCUCAAGGAGACGCUCGAGGUCGUCCAAACCAUCAAAACCGCCCUCCGGGACGUGGAGCACCACGUCGACCAGACCGCGGCGUCGGAGGCCGGCGUCAAGCGCCAGCUCGAAGAGCAGGUCAUGAAGACGAAACAGGAAGUCGUCAGGCUGGAGCGCAUGCUCGCGGAGGAACUCGAGGCCGCUCCGGACGUCUUUGAGGCGGAGGAGGGGGGUUAG